UGAAGGGAGCUUGGUAAGCCUGAUAUGUGAGUCUAGUGGCAUCCCACCACCCAGUCUUACCUGGAAAAAAAACGGCUCUCCACUGGUGGCUGACCUUUCGGGAAGGGUGCGGAUAUUAUCUGGAGGCAGACAGCUACAAAUUUCAAUUGCUGAAAAGUCUGAUGCUGCAUCUUACACUUGUACUGCUUCAAAUGUAGCUGGAAGUACAAAGAAAGAAUACAGGUUGCAAGUAUACAUUCGGCCAACUAUAUUAAAUAGUGGUAGCCACCCAUCAGAAGUUGUUGUCACCCAAGGAAAUGAAAUUUCCUUGGAGUGCAAGGUACAGGGCAUUCCAGAACCAGCAAUAACGUGGAUGAAGGACGGCCGUCCGCUGUUCCCCCAAGUAUCGCUGGUGACCUGCAGAUACCGGAAAACAUCAGCAUUGUGGAGAAGAAUCCCGUCUCUCUGGUUUGUGAAGCUUCAGGAAUUCCCUUGCCAUCAAUAACAUGGCUCAAGUAUGGAUGGCCUGUCACUGUGAACAACUCAAUGCGAAUCCUCUCAGGGGGCAGAACGCUGCGUUUGACUCACACGAGUGUAGCGGAUGAAGGUCGAUAUACUUGUGUAGUGACCAAUGCUGCAGGAGAAGUGAGGAAGGAUUUUGACCUUUCUGUUCUAGUGCCUCCAGAGAUUGUGGGUGAAAAUAAAUUGGAAGAUGUGAAAGUGAAAGAGAAGCACGGAGUUACCCUAACAUGUGAAGUGAUAGGGAACCCUGUACCACAGAUCACCUGGAUAAAGGAUGGGCAAUCUCUCACUGAGGAUGAAGAUCACAAGUUUCUGUCCAGUGGGCGUUUCCUGCGAAUCACCAAUGCUCAAGUCACUGACACAGGGCGAUACACAUGUAUUGCAUCCAAUACAGCUGGAGAUAAGAGCAAAAGUUACAGUCUUAAUGUGCUUGUGUCUCCAACCAUUGUGGGUGCAGACAGCCAUGGAAAUGCAGAAGAUGUCAGUGUUAUCCUCAACAGCCCAACUUCGCUGGUUUGUGAGGCUUACUCGUAUCCUCCAGCUACAAUCACCUGGCUGAAAGAUGGUAAUCUUUUAGAAUCAAACAGAAAUAUCCGCAUUUUGCCAGGUGGCCGAACCCUGCAGAUUCUAAAUGCGCAGGAGGACAACGCUGGAAGAUAUACCUGUAUAGCCACAAAUGAGGCUGGAGAAGCUUUGAAACACUAUGAAGUGAAAGUCUACAUUCCACCCACCAUUAACAAAGGGGAUAUCUCAGGGAUGGGUCUCUCCCCUAAAGAAGUGAAGAUCAAAAAGUUGCAGAGAGCCUCCCACUUGGUUCUGGCAGAGCUUGCAAAGCCACAAAAGCAUCUGGAUCCUCUGCGAGGGGGAGGAAGGCAUGUUCCUGCCACACAGAAGCUUCACGACAGCAUCGCUCUGGAGGAGCAGCAGUUUGGAAGGGCAGUACGAGAGAAUCGUACUGAUGUGCAGUCUACUGGGGUCUGGCUAUUAAUAAAAAAGAAAUGGUCCAAAUCUUCUCCACUUAAACCAGAUGAUCAUGUCAUUAUCCAAGCUAGUGGCCGUACUCUGCAGAUUAAGGAGGCUCAAGUAUCAGACACCGGUCGUUAUACUUGUCUGGCAUCCAACAUUGCUGGAGAGGAUGAAGUGGAAUUUGAUGUAAAUAUACAAGUUCCUCCUAGUUUCCAAAAGCCUUACAAGGAAUGGGAAGCUGGUAACAGGGUAGAUAGAGGAAGAGGCGGAGAAAGUAAAGAUGUGAUUGUCAACAAUCCCCUUUCACUGUAUUGUGAGACCAAUGCUGUUCCUCCUCCAGUUCUUACGUGGUAUAAAGAUGGCUAUCCUUUGAGCUCUAGUGAUAAAGUACUAAUAUUACCAG